AUGUGUGUCUUCGCGGGUGCGGCUACUCUACCAUUAGCUCCGCACUUCUGGCUGCGAACUCUGGCGACGUGGUGCACAUCCACAAUGGGGCAUACGCAAACGAACCACUUAACAUCGACGUUUACAGCAACAUCACCAUCAGGUUAUUGUGAGCCCACAAUCUGA